GUGACAUCGCCCUUUAACCAAACAAACCAAUGGCACUGAAGAGCGUCUGGACUGGCACCGGUUUCACUGACAGCGCGGUGACGACGUAGGAGAUGCUGCUGCUGCCGCUACUGCUGUCAUUGCCGGUGCUGUCCAGGUCCUCGUCGCAGAACAAGAGAGGACAAUGAUACGAACAUGAUCAGCGCCGAUGGCCGCUCAAAAUACGAGGCGACUCUGCCAGAGAGAGGCGGGAGUAGGAGGAGGCCACCGGCUGAGAUGCUGCAUCUGCUGUCAGCUGUGAUUGUUUGGCUGGUGACCGGCACCACCAUCUCCAGCCUCAACAAAUGGAUAUUUACUGUUUACAACUUCAGGUACCCGCUGCUGCUGUCUGCGCUGCACAUGCUGACAGCCAUAGUGGUGGACUAUGGGCUGAUCAAACUGCGUGUGGUGCACCUCAGAGCAGCCGGGGAGCAGGACUUGACAACCAAUGCUAAAUGUAAGGUGUUCAUGCUGAGUCUGACCUUCUGUGCCAGCAUCGCCUUCGGGAACAUAGGUCUGAACUACGUUCAGUUGUCAUUUGCACAAAUGAUCUACACCACCACUCCUCUUUUCACCCUGGCCAUAUCAACGCUGGUACUGGGCAAGCAGCAUCACAUCAUCAAAUACACAGCCAUGAUGCCCAUCUGCCUGGGAGCCUCCUUCAGCAUCAUGGGAGAGGUCCAGUACGACCAGACCGGCUGCUUCUUUGUGUUUGCAGCAACCAUGUUGAGGGGUGUCAAGUCCAUUCAGCAGAGUAUCUUACUCCAGGAGGAGAAAAUCAACUCUGUGUUCCUGCUCUACCUGAUGUCCAUUCCCAGCUUCUGCAUCUUGACUGUGGCAGCUCUGACUUUCGAAAACUGGACUCUGAUCGAGUCGCCGCUGCACUACGACCAACACCUGUGGGUCUUCAUCCUGCUCAGCUGCCUGAGCUCCGUCAUGUACAACUUGGCCAGCUGCUGCGUCAUCACACUCACCUCGGCCGUCACGCUGCAUAUCCUCGGCAACUUAAACGUGGUGGGGAACCUGCUGUUGUCUCAGCUGCUGUUCGGCAGCGAGCUGUCGACCCUCAGCUGCGCCGGCGUGGUGUUGACAUUGUCGGGCAUGCUUAUCUAUCAGAACUCGGAGUUCAUCGUCGGCUACCUGGACGCGCGCAGAGCCACGGCGAAGGGAGUGGGACACUUGGGUGUUCACAAUGCGUUUGAAGACAACUCUGUCACACCUGAAUCGACGUGUCAUCUGCAGCGAUCCGAUGGUAAACAGGCAGACAAGAUGGACUGAAGUGUAAGGAUGAAGGAGAGAAUAAAAUGUUAGUGCUCUUAUCUCGUGGAGUUAUUGAGAACAGCAGAGUGUACUGUGACUUUACAAGGCCACGGCAGUUGCUUCUAAGUUUAAUUUAAUGAUUAAAAAAAAAGAAAACUUCCUCACUGUGCCAAUUCAUUUCUACUUUUAUCACAUAAAACUAGACUCUCCACAGAGGAGAAGGUUGCCUUUAUUUUCCUAUUUCCACAGUGACGGCUAACUUCUCUCCUUCAUCUGUACAUAAGCUGUCUCGGUGUAUGCAUGGCCGAGCACAGCGAACUGUUCGAUACCUCGCGAGGUUUUCACACCGUUUCUCAUACUCCACUGUGAAGCUGCUCGAAUCCUGGUUAAUAAUGGCUGACAAGCACAUUUUUUUGCUCACAGAGAGAGGGGCGAUGCUUGAAGGGCACAUCCAAUUUGAACAGGCUCUAUUUUUAUUAAAAAUGGAUAAAAAAUAUUCUAUUAUUGGUACUGUUACCUGACAUUCACUUGGCCCUGCCAAAAGAAAGGGUCUGUUUUUUUUGUUUUUUUUGAGGCAGCUUAUUUUAAAAAAAUAAUUGUAUUUAUUUAUUUUUGUUAAUGUGAAGCAGGAAGUUGAUAAAACGAGGCAGAUUUUUCUGUGAAGGACAAGGCAAACAUCGCUCUGCAAUAAUAAGAGGCUCGAGUUCUGCGCCAACCUCCGUAUGACUUCACAGCCAAGGCCUAGAUUUUGUUCUCUUGACCAGCGUGAGAGGACGCUCUCUCGGUAGAAUUACUCCAAUUAUUUCCAUCUUCCACUGCAACUCGACAAUUAGACGCACGAGUUCUCUAAGGAGUGCCACUCCACUUUAGCUGUCUCUUCCCCGAGGGGAGAUGAGAAGUAAUGAAUGAGCUGUCCUUUAUGCUAUCCUUCAUAUAGCCAGUGUCAUCUGUCUUUUUAUGUUGGUGAUGUACAUGUUUGUCUUCUUUAGGAUAGGAGAGUGUACACUGUUUUCUCUCAGUAUUUGUCCACGGGGUUUUUAUUUUGUCACUAAACAUAUAUUGUAUCUCCCUUUUUUAAUAACUUUUUGGAAGAAGACUAUUUAUUUUUUUGAAUGGCCAUAGUAAUGUUUAGCGGAGUCACGCUGUAGAGUUUGGUUCUAAGGUGACUUGUACAUGCACACGUGUACGAUGUAAUCUCUUCAGUCUCCUAUACCUCUCUCUGUUUUCUAGAGAAAAGUCGGGUAUUAUAAGCAUGCCGCUGCUUUGCCUGAUGUCUUCUGCAUAUAGUACUAUGCCAAAUGUUUGCACCGUCGUUGGAACACUUUUCUGUCCGUGAGCGGACGUGGGCGUCACUCGCACAUCCAUGCCACAACAAAGCCAUACAUCGGAGUUUCUCUGUUUCGCUUAGUGUGGCUUUCGCUUUGGACUAACCCCAAUUGUUUAUUUUGCCACAAGAACACCUGCGGGUGAGCUUGUACUUGACAUAUCAUAGAUUUGCAUUUCAUGCGUGCCGGUGUGAUGCACAGUUGGUAUCAUCUGACGAAUCGUUUUUGAACUAAUACUUUCCCAUAAAUCCCCAACGAGUUUUAUUUUUGCGAUGUGAUUGUUGGAUUAAUAAUAUCUGUUACAUGUUUGUCUUUUUUUUUUUGAAUACCUCAACUGUUAAAGGUCCAGUGUGUAAGAAUUGUUACGUCACAACACGGAAUGGUGAGACUGCAGAUUGUGACAAACUCUCUCUCUCCCUCCCCUAAGCUACUUAGUUAAAACUACUGUUUGGGCUGCUCUAGAAACAUGGCAGCCUCUGUAAAGCAAGACUCCUGCCUAAUGUGCACAUAAAAAGGCUUAUAUUAAAACUACAAAAACCAUCCAUCCAUCCAUGGGGGCGCUGUGCCAAUCUUAGCUGACAUUGGGCGAAAGGCAGGCUACGCCCUGGACAGAUUUUUCUUUUAAAGAGAUCUUACACUUCAACCAAUCCCAACAGUCCCCUUUAAAUGUGACACACUGGACCUUUAAACUGGACUUUUAAUGCCUCUGUGGUUUGUUCAUAUCAAGGCAUUUUUUUAAAACACUGAUUUUUAUUCAUAUUAAGACGCUGAGUAGGCGAUGCAUGGGGCAAAGCAACAGUUUGCAUUGCAGUUGGUGAGAAGUCUAUGGGUUCUACUGUGUGUAUAUACUGGUUUUGAUUGUUCGCAAAGCUAUUCGGAUGUAAAUAGUUAUUAUAUUUAUGUAUUUUAUAAUAUAUGGCUAGUAUAAUCUCCUGGUUUUUAGGAAUGAAAACAUUUGCCUCAUGCCUUAUUUGGACACACUGGAGAAGGGGAAGGAGGAUUUAUUUAUUUAUUUAGGUUUUUUGGUUGUUUUUUUCUUUUCAUUUUGGUUUUUCAAUUUGAAAGCCAACAGCAGCCGUUUUGAAGGUGCUUGUGUUCCGGGGUGACUUUACAGUCAUGGUCUGCAAAGAUGAAAUAAACUUACUGGUAUAAUAACAAAACCA